AUGCGAGAGUCUGCCGCUCGUUUCUAUCUCGCCGUCUUCGCACUCCUCGUCCCCCACGUCGUCCUCGGCGAACCACAAUGCGCCCUCAAUCCGAAUUCGAUAGUAACGGAUGCCUGCACUUCUUACGCCGCUCUAGAUAAACUGAACAGUGACAUUGCACCCUCAUUACAAGACCUUACCACCGAGACCGACUUCUUCGCCUAUUACCGCCUGAACUUGUACAACAAAGUAUGUCCGUUCUGGACGGACGAAAGUUCCAUAUGCGGCAACCGCGCAUGUGCCGUGGAUACGAUAGAAGAUGAGCGAGACAUCCCGGAGAUCUGGCGAGCGGAAGAGUUGAGCAAGUUGGAGGGCAUGAAAGCGAAGCAUCCGGGUCGCCAACAGCAAAAGGAGAGGCCCAAGCAGCGGCCGUUGCAAUACCAACUCGGAGAGAACGUGGAUGAGUCCUGCGUGCUGGAAGACGACGAUGAAUGUGACGAGCGAGACUACUGUGUGCCGGAAGACGAGGGUGCGGCUGCCAAAGGCGACUACGUCUCUCUGGUCAACAACCCCGAACGCUUCACCGGCUACUCUGGUGAAGGCGCUCGUCAGGUCUGGGAUUCCAUCUACAAGGAGAAUUGCUUCACAAGCCAAGGUCCGCUUGCUACCAAGAGCGCCCAUAGGCAGCAGGAGGCAGCACAGUCCCUCCGCAACGUCUUCCAAGAGUACGGCCGCACCCAUCUCGACAUGCCGGCUGCCCACUCCGAUGAUAUGUUCGACCCUGCCGCCCUGGACGAUGAGUGUAUUGAGCAGCGGGCCUUCUACCGUGUGAUUUCCGGCAUGCACACCUCCAUCUCCACGCACCUCUGCUACGACUACUUCAACCAGUCCACCGGCACCUGGUUCCAUAACACCACCUGCUACCGCCAGCGCCUGCACAACUAUCCCGACCGCCUGUCCAACGUCUACUUCAACUACGCGCUUGUGACCCGCGCCAUCGUCAAGCUCCGCAAACAUCUGGAGCACUACACCUUCUGCUCCGGCGACACAGAGCAAGAUUUCAGCACCAAGCAAAAGGUGCUCGCGUUGGCCGACAGCAUCGCCCGGACUCCCAACACGUUCGACGAGUCCCUCCUCUUCCAGACCGAUCUCUCACUCAAGGAUGACUUCAAGCACCGCUUCCGCAACGUGUCGCGCAUCAUGGACUGCGUCGGCUGCGACAAGUGCCGCCUGUGGGGCAAAGUGCAGACAGCCGGCUACGGCGCCGCGCUGAAAGUGCUCUUCGAGUUCGACGAGACCAAGAAUGGCGAGAACCCUCACCUCCGCCGCACCGAGCUGGUCGCCCUGGUCAACACCCUCGGCCGCAUCAGCCACAGCCUGGAAGCCCUCCGCUGGUUCCGCCAGGCCAUUGCCGACGAGGACGCGCGUGAGGCACAGAGAGGUGGCGCCGCUCCCGUCUCUGUCAACGCCGUUUCAACUUCCGACCCGCCUCGCAAACCCGCCGUCAAGCCCUCAGCGGACACUCAGCCUCCGCAGCCCCUGGUCUCGAGUAAAUCGUCCAAAGCGGCAGCGGGCAACACCGAUGACGACGACGACGACUACCCGCCGCAGCAAGACCCACCUCGCCAGGAACCCUUGUCCAUUACCGAAAUGUUCUGGGAGGAGUGGCACCUCGUCUGGCGCGCCUACCGCCUCGUGCUGCGCAGCUGGGUCGAGCUGCCCCUCAAGCUGUGGUCCAUCGGCAUCAUGGAAACCAACCGCCUGUGGAGCUGGUGGAUCGGCUUGCCGGUUCCUGAGCGCAGUUGGGGCCUCGAGUGGCCUAAGGUGCCGAGACGGGAUGAGCUUUGA